AUGCCGCCUAAAGGCUCCCGCAAGGCUGUGGUGGACCCGCUGGCUGCUGACGCCAACACUCCGACGGAUCCUGCAUUGUCAACGGCAGAAGGGAAGAAGGAAGUGUUUGAGAUCACGGCAGCUCAAGUUGUUGACAACGCUGCUGGCUCAUCUGGACUCUCAGUGGAAGAGAAGUCUGACUCUACUGAGCAUCUGGUCGAUGCUGUUGAAGAGUUGGUGGACGACUACGACGAUGAACUGGAUGUUGACUUCAAGGCUGAUGAGCUUUGCGGGCUGCGUUACAUAGCGAUUCUGCUCGUCCCUUUCAUCCUUCACCAGGAACUUGCCUCGGUUGUUUCUACUGUCCGGCUGCUGAUGAGGCGGGUGUGGUCCUCAGUCUUGUCCGCUGAUGUCGCUAACACCUCGAAAUUUCAGAUCCUGCACCCAGCAUACGUUGCGAAGACUCGCUACUGCAGGCUCCAUAUCUCAUUCCUGUUGGAGGGGGACGCUCUCAAUGUCAGGCAGCAAGAUGUGGAUUACCAGCGCGUGAACGGCAAGCUGGUCAGGCUGAACUGGCUUCACGCGGACGACCCAUCCUUUGUCCGUGAACGCGCCUCCAACCCGCUGGCCACGGAGGUCGUUUUCAGGAAUGUCUCGGCUUCUGUCGCUCCUGAAGCGCUACAACGGCUGCUGGCUCACUACAAGCUCAAGAUCAGCCAGAAGCCGAUCUACAAGGAAGGCCUCUGUUUCCACAGAGUACUUCAUCCGAUCACAGGUGCUGACACCGACGUCAUUAAGGGCCUUGUGGUUCCCCAUCCAAACGGCAAGCUGCGCUGGCGUCACGCCAUCAACGACCCAUCGGACCCGGAGAAGCUGAUCCUGAUCCAUUACCCGUCGCUUUCCUGCAAACUCUGCGGGGGGCAACACGAUGACAAGCAUCACGACGCAUAUGUCACUGAGCGGCAACACAACAUCGGGAAAUGGAACCUGUCUCUGGGUAGAGCGCACAGGAUCAAUGCUGCCUCCCUGCGGGUGAACCCGCUUACGCUGCCGAUCCUGCUAGACCCUGCAGUUGCUCUCAUCUCUACUGGCAACCUGCGGGAGGAAUGGCUGUGCACUCAGACGGGAUGCAGGAAGGCGCACGGAACGUCCCUCAUGGAUGCUGCCGCUCGCAUCAAGCUGGCGAGCCAUCUGCAGCAUCUCGAGACGCUCGGCACUGCCACCAAGUCCACCCUCGAGAAAGCAAGUCUCGGCGCGAUCAGGAAGGACUACGGGAUUUAG